GGGUGUGAGCGGGGUGAAGUGACAGUGCCAUGGCCGGAUCGGUGGAUUGCUCUUGGUUGGGCUCUUUUCUGUGUCUUCUAGGCGGAGGCACUGCGCUGUAUUACCUCCUGAAAUGGUCGUGGACGAUCGGUCAUGGCUUCAGGGUCUACGUGCUGUCAAAAAUCUGGCAACAGGACCUCCGGGAGUAUGGACAGUGGGCAGUGGUCACAGGGUCGACGGCAGGGAUUGGACAAGCCUAUGCCAUUGAGCUCGCCAGACGAGGACUGGAUAUUAUUCUGAUCAGUCGAUCACAAGUCAAGCUUCGCCGCGUUUCUGAUGAGAUAGAAUCACGUUUCAAACGACAGACUCGAAUCAUUCAGGCAGACUUCAGCGAGGGUGCCUCUAUUUAUCCAGCCAUAGCAGAGCAACUCAAAGGCCUGGAAAUUGGCAUUCUAGUGAAUAAUGUCGGUAUGAACUAUGCUGGCAUGCUGGUCAACUUCUUAGAUGUUCCUGACCCUGAGAAGAAAAUCACGGAAGUGGUCAAUUGUAACAUCCUGUCUGUCACGCAGAUGAGCCGACUGAUAUUACCGCAGAUGGUCGAAAGGGGUAAAGGACUUAUCAUCAACAUAUCAUCCGAAGCUAGUUCUCAACCUCAGCCCAUGCUCACGUUGUACUCUGCUACAAAGAUAUGUGUGACGUAUUUCUCUCGCUCUCUUAAUGCAGAAUACCAGGGACGAGGAGUCACAGUUCAGUGUGUGACUCCAUUCAUGGUGUCCACGAAUAUGACGCACAACAUCAAGGUCAAUACUCUGGUGAAAAGCGCAGCCUCGUUUGCCCGAGAUGCUCUCAACACUGUGGGUUACAGCUCCUUUACCAGCGGUUGUAUUUCCCAUGCCCUGCAGCAUAACGCCAUGGCGAUCUUCUUCCCAGCCUGGCUGCGACUGUCUCCGUUUUGCGUGCGGCGCAUCGAGAGGUUUUCCAAGGAAGUCAGGCAGCUAAUAGAAGAACGAAUGGCACAGUGCCAGAAGAAACAGGAAUAAUGAAGAAUCACAUCAGGAGGCAUUGCCACGAUGAUAACCUGAUGUCACAGACUUGCACAUCUGGAUGUGGAAACGCUGUUAAACACUUCAAAACAAAAUCUACCUAAUUAGAUUUGAAAGUAUGUUUGGCCAACAUUCCCUUAGUGCAAUGACAAACAGUUUAGACGUCCACAUCGAAUUCGAAUCUACGCCGAGGCAUGUUUAGGUUUUUCAUGCUUCGAAGGCGUGUAGCAGACUUGCUUUAAGUGGAAACAGGAGCCAAACACAUGGCCACGGUUUAGAUUUUGACUACUGAAUUUUAUUUAAAAAAGACAGAUUUUGGGUGCCAAAGGAACUGUAGCUACUGUACAACUCUGUCAAAACUAUGUAUAUUUAUCUAUUUAUCUGCUUUAUUUAAUUGAAGUACUGUUUACCAACUUACUAAGUUUAACUGUUUAACUAACUUACUGUUUAGCAUCUUACUAAGCAGUGGUCAUGCUGUGUUAUCAGUUAUAUCGUAAUGGCACUACUGGACCUCUGUAGUGGUUAUGAGGUUGAAUUGUAAGAAGUUUAUCGAUUUGUUUAUAAGUUGGAUGUAUUACACUUACAAUAAAAUGCACUUUACCGAACACUUUAGUAUAAAAAAAAUCAGGCACUAUAUUAACCGAAUCGCUGUGGAAUGAUAGACGCGAAAGUCUAAAGUCUUUAACUAGUUUCAACAUUUUCUUUAUCCAUUUUUAUGAAUAAUUAAACCAGAAACCUCACAGAAAUGAAUAUUUUGAAACAGUAACAGAUGGAGGAAAGUGUGUGAUCAUUUUGAGAUGUACUUUGCAAAAUGCUAAACUGAACCCUGAAUCCCAUCAGCUAUCAAGAACAACAAAAGAUAUAGGACUCAACAGGGAAAGAGGAAAUAUUUAACCAGUUUAUUGUGUAUUUUUUAAUAUGUACAAGAAUAAUAUUGGCUUGUGUGUGUGUGUUAAAUGCAACAGAAUAUGUAUUGUUAAUACAGGACUCAUAUAAAUAUACAUUAAAUUGAUGUUUUA